AAUCCGAGUGUACACACAACUCCAUCCCGGGGGCGUUUAAUUCGAGGCUAAUGCCGCCAUCCACGAAGCGCGUGUCACAUCAGUCAAAAGCGGAUCGUUUCUGUGCGGGAUCCUGUGCUCUUCAUCGUACCCCCUCUCUGUCGUCCGUCUUUCUUCUCCCCCUGGUCUCCUGCGCUACGCCACCGCACACCAGGCGCGAGGCGUUCGUGAAAGCCGCGAGUUUUCUUUUUGGCCGGACGCGCGCCGCCGUAAUGUUUCGGCGCGUGAAGAAGCCCUCGAGCCUAGGAUCGAUGGAGGCGGAGCAGUUCGUCCUGUUCAUCUUCCUGUGCUAUCUGUCCUCUCGAUUCGCUGAUGCAUAUGAUCCGCUGGAUCCGCACGGGAACAUCACCAUUAAUUGGGAUUUUCAGGCCAUCGACACAGGAGGCUACACGGUGCGCACAUGUUCUUGUCAUGGCGAGCAUCCAUAAUUACCAGCUGUACCGCCACAUCGAGCGCCCUGGGUGGCGGUUGGGCUGGGCGUGGUCCGGGAAUGAGAUCAUCUGGGAGACGUGGGGCGGGGAGACGACGGAGCAGGGCAAGUGCUCCGGCGUCCAUGGCUCGGGCCCCGGCGGCGCCGCUCCGCAUUGCUGCGAGAAGCGGCCCGUCAUGGUGGACCUCCCACCGGGCGCCCCGGUCAAGAAGCAGGUCGCCAACUGCUGCCGGGGCGGCGUGCUGUCGUCCCUGACGCAGAACAACCGGACGGCCGUCGCCGCGUUCCAGAUGUACGUCAACGGCUUCGACCACGACGCGCGCGGCAACCCGGAGAAGCCGGUCAACUUCAGCAUCGGCGUGCCGGGCUACACCUGCAGCAACGUCAGCGACGUGCCCGCGACCAGGUCCAUGGUCGACGGGCAGCGGCACGUCCAAGUUCUGAUGACAUGGCAGAUCAUCUGUUCCUACUCGCAGUUCAGGGACGGACCGUCGCCGUCUUGCUGCGUCUCCCUCUCGUCGUUCUACAACAACACCAUCGUGGGGUGCCCGCAGUGCAGCUGCGGCUGUCAAGGCUCUGCCUCGGCGCCGCAUUGCCUCAGCGGCGGCGAGCAAUCCAAGGCCCAGGCGCUGCCUGACGGCGGCCCGCCCGCGCCGCUCGUCCGGUGCACCGAUCACAUGUGCCCGAUCCGGGUGCACUGGCACGUGAAGCAGAACUACAAGGCGUACUGGAGGGUGAAGGCGACGAUCACCAACUACAACUUGGUCAGCAACUACAGCGACUGGAACCUGGUCGUCCGGCACCCGAAUCUCCGGAGCCUCACGCAGCUCUUCAGCUUCAACUACGAGCCUCUCAUCCAGUACGGCGCCAUCAAUGACACGGGGAUGUUCUGGGGCAUCCAGAACUACAACCAGAUGCUGCUGCAGGACGGCAAUGUGCAGACGGAGAUGAUACUGAAGAAGGACGUGGGCGACUUCACCUUCUCGGGGGGCUGGGCGUUCCCGAGGAGGGUCUACUUCGACGGGCACGAGUGCGCCAUGCCGUCGCCGGAUCAGUACCCCGCGCUGCCCAACGCGGCAGGCUCGGACGCGCGCGUCUCGCCGGUGCAGCGCUGGCUCAUCGCCAUCUCUUGCCUGCUCUCGCUGUGUGCACACCUUCUCGUGUAAAAGACGACUUUGCCCCUUGAUAGACGGGGCGCAUGUCGCCUUCCCGUAUGUUUAGUUUUCUUCGUGUACAACUGGCAAAGGUUCUGGGAUUUAGUAUGUUUGAGUAUUUAGAAGUACAUAUCUUUUCUUUCGCUCUUACUACUCCCUCUGAUUGUAAAUUCUUAACUCAAAUUUGUCUAAAUAUGGAUGUAUCUAUUCUUAAAAAGCGUCUAGAUACAAUAUUUCGACAAUUUAGGAUCGGAGGGAGUAGCAUUUUGCGGAAUUUAAGUUACUCAACAAUCUGUGAACAUGUUUUAAACUAUUUAAAUUUUCACAUAGAUCUAAA